CCCUUACAUCGUUAGUGGAUGACCAUCGCCUAAACACCCGGCCGAAAUAGAGCCCACUGGAAGCUGGCUUUCUCGCCCUUUUUUGUCUCCCCAUGCAGCUUUGAGUAGAAAUUAAUGCAAAGGCUCGGAUCCAAAUGCCCACCACCGAUUCUCGCGCUGGGGCCCCGAGUUUCCUCCCACAAGGCCCGACCUUUCCCUCGAUUGAUUUUGCCCUUUCCCAUGGAUCCACCAAACUCAUCAAAUCAGUUGUUGGAUCCUAGUCUGGGUUGGAGGAGAGGUCGGAAAUCAUUGGUGGUUUAGGGUGGAAAAGGUUGGGGUUUUGUCUAGUCGGGCUUUGGAUUUGCAGAAGAGUUUCUAGGUUCGUUAAUGGACACGAUGAGGGCAGCGUUGUUGUGUGUUUUGAUGCUGGCUCCUGGAUUUAGGGUUGGAGCUGAUGGGCGGGAUCAUAGAUACAAGGAGGGGGAUCAUGUUCCUCUUUAUGCUAACAAGGUCGGACCUUUCCACAAUCCGAGUGAGACCUAUAGGUUCUAUGACUUGCCAUUCUGCUCACCAGAUCAUGUGACUGAGAAAAAGGAAGCCCUAGGAGAAGUUCUAAAUGGUGAUCGUUUGGUUGAUGCACCGUAUGAGUUGAAUUUCCGUGAGGAGAAACGAUCCAAGUCUCUUUGUAAGAAAGCUUUGUCAAAAAAAGAUGUUGAAAAACUCAGAGAUGCUGUCUCAAAGGAUUACUACUUUCAGAUGUACUAUGAUGAUCUGCCUUUAUGGGGAUUCUUGGGCAGGAUCAAGAAGGAUAAGACUGACUCGAGCAAGUCCAAAUACUUGCUCUUUAAACACAUUCACUUUGAAAUCCUUUAUAAUGGUGAUCAUGUGAUAGAAAUUAAUGUCCAAGCAGACCCAAAUUUGUCUGUGGACAUCACGGAUGAUAAGGAAAUCAACGUGGAGUUCUCUUAUUCUGUAUCAUGGAAAAAAACUGAGGUUCCUUUUGAGAAAAGGAUGGAGAAGUAUUCAAAAUCAUCAUUCUUGCCUCAUCACUUGGAGAUCCACUGGUUCUCUAUCGUUAACUCAUGCGUAACAGUCCUCCUCCUGACUGGGUUCCUCGCCACUAUUCUCAUGCGCGUGCUCAAAAACGAUUUCAACAAAUAUUCUCAUGACGAAGAAAGCAUUGAAGAUCAAGAGGAGACUGGAUGGAAGUAUCUUAAUGGAGAUGUUUUCCGAUUUCCAAAGAACAAAUCUUUGUUUUCAUCCAUUAUUGGAUCUGGAACUCAGCUCCUUGCUCUUACGAUAUUCAUCUUCCUCCUUGCACUUGUUGGAGUAUUCUACCCGUACAAUCGGGGAGCUCUAUUCACUGCACUUGUUGUAAUCUAUGCUCUUACUUCUGGCAUUGCUGGGUACACAGCAACAUCCUUCUAUAUGCAGCUUGAAGGGACUAACUGGGUGAGGAAUUUAUUGUUGACUGGUUGCUUAUUUUGUGGACCUCUGUUUUUGACCUUCUGCUUCCUAAACACUGUUGCUAUAGUGUAUAGUGCCACGGCAGCCUUGCCAUUUGGUACUAUUCUUGUGAUUCUUCUUAUAUGGGCACUUGUGACCUCUCCUUUGCUAGUGUUGGGUGGUAUUGCUGGUAAAAACAGCCAAACAGAGUUCCAUGCUCCAUGUCGCACCACAAAGUAUCCAAGAGAAAUACCUCAACUUCCAUGGUAUCGAAGCGCCAUACCUCAGAUGAUGAUGGCAGGGUUUCUUCCAUUUAGCGCUAUUUACAUUGAACUUUACUAUAUAUUCGCCAGCGUGUGGGGUCACAAAAUUUAUACAAUAUAUAGCAUCCUUUUCAUCGUUUUUAUCAUCCUUAUCAUUGUCACAGCAUUUAUCACAGUGGCAUUGACAUACUUUCAGCUUGCUGCGGAGGAUCAUGAGUGGUGGUGGAGAUCUGUUCUUUGUGGAGGCUCCACUGGUAUAUUCAUUUUUUUCUACUGCAUAUACUACUAUCAAGCAAGAUCAGAUAUGUCGGGCUUCAUGCAAACAUCGUUUUUCUUUGGUUACAUGACUUGCAUCUGCUAUGGAUUCUUCCUCAUGUUAGGAACUGUAGGCUUCCGCGCAUCUUUACUCUUUGUGCGGCACAUAUAUCAGUCGAUCAAGUGUGAGUAGAUUAUCUUUACCCAUGUAUGUGAAUGCUUCUGAAUGUUGUAUUUGUCUCCAGAACUCCUGUCUCAAAAGCAGACUGCGACUCGUAAGCAUCAUUUUGUUUUACGUAUUAUGAAAUUUUAAGAGAGGAUGGGUCUUUGCAUCGCGACGACGUCGGUCCUUUGCGAUCUAAAUGAUGGUUCAAGGCAAGGGAACAAUUGCUUUAUUCCCGAUGGUAGAUCAGUAAAAAUUGUGCUUUGAAACAUCCUUUUGGACUUGCCAGUUUGUACUAAAAUUACUAUCCUCAAAGUAUUGUGUUUGUAAUUCUUAAAAGCAUUCAAUAAUUUGAGCUUUGGCACCAA